CGUAAAUAUAUACUAGUAUACUUAUAGUAAAAUUAUACCGUGCACGGUCGCAUGUUUUAUUUACCCGAAAAAUGUGGUUCAAACUUUUAGUUUCUUAAAUCAUAUUUUUAUUUAAAAAAAAAUAACUAAAGUUAUUAUUUAUUAAUUUGUAUAAAUCAAUCAAAUAAUCGUCUACAGAUAUACAAAGUACAAUGAGUGCAAAAAAUAGCGAUAAUGACCGUUAUAAAAAUGAAUAUUCGAGAAUAAGAAAACUGACGAGUAGAUAUGACAUACGGACUCAAUCAAAUGAAUAUGGUUUGUCUGAAGAUCAAGUUGCAGAAUUCAAAGAAGCAUUUAUGUUGUUUGAUAAAGACCAUGAUGGACGGAUCACUGAGGCAGAACUAGGAGUGGUUAUGAGAUCUCUGGGACAGAAGCCUACUGAAACUGAUUUGAGAGGUAUGGUUAAAGAAGUAGAUAAAGAUGGCAAUGGUAGUAUUGAGUUUGAUGAAUUCCUACUAAUGAUGGCUAGAAAACUGAGAGCGGUAGAUGGCGAAGAAGAAAUGCACCAAGCAUUUAGAGUAUUUGACAAAAAUGGUGAUGGAUUCAUAACAUUCGAUGAACUCAAACGUGUUAUGUGCAGUAUUGGAGAACGACUCACUGAUGAAGAAAUUGAAGAUAUGAUAAAAGAAGCUGAUUUAAAUGGUGAUAAAAAAAUUGAUUAUAAAGAAUUUAUCACAAUAAUAAGUCCUAAGAAAUAAAACAAAUAACGAUAAAAAACAUGAUAUUAUUUUAAACAUCACUUUCUGAAUUUUUUGAACAAUGGAUGUUUUACACCAGAAUUUCUUCUGAAUUCUGCAUAAAC